CACAGAGUCAGAGAGAAUCAAACGUUCGAGCAGAGGAGGAUCUAUCAAUCUAUAUUCAAGUAGUUCCCUGCAGAGAAACGCCGUACUGAUCGAAACGAAAGACUAGCUAUGGGAUUUCGUUUUGAUUUACUUUUUUUGUUUACGACACUUGUUUUACUCUCAACAACAACUCCUACUGUACUUUCCGAUGUCAUUCUCUCCAAAGUCGAUCGCCGUAUUGAUUUGACUUCUCAAAUUGUGCGCGUUACUUCUACAUUAAAGGUGGAGAAUGCUGGUCCUGGUCCAGUUUCUGAGGUUUUGCUCACCUUUCCUGAGAUUCAGGAAAAAAAUUUAGCAUAUUUGAAGGCAACCCUUAAUGAGGGUAAAGGGAAAGUGAAAAACUCAGGUAGUAACCUCCCCAUAAAUGUUGCCAAUCCAGAGGAAUUGCCUCCAUCUCUGAUUUUUCAUUCAGUAUCAUUACCUAAGGCUUUGGGCGAAGGAGAUAGUUUGACUAUAGAUGUGUUAGCAGUAUUUACUCAUGUAUUACGGCCAUUUCCUGAGGAAAUUACACAAGCUGAUAUUCAGCUAGUUUUGUUCCAAGAUACUGCUCACUAUCUCUCCCCUUAUGCAGUUAAGGUUCAGUCCCUUACUGUUAAAUUGCCCAAGGCUAGAAUAGAAAUGUAUACGAAAUUAGAGAAUACUAAUAUCCAUGGCUCUGAUAUCAAAUAUGGCCCAUAUGAAAACCUUCCUCCCUUUUCAUAUGCACCCGUAGUUGUUCACUUUGAAACCAAUCAACCAUUUGCUGUUGCUCAAGAGCUAGUGAGGGAGAUAGAAAUUUCCCAUUGGGGCAAUGUGCAAGUUACAGAACACUAUAACAUUGUCCAUGGAGGUGCUAAAAGCAAGGGUGAAUUUUCCAGGCUUGACUUUCAGGCUAGACCACACCUUCGAGGUGCAUCCGCCUUCAGGAAUCUUGUUGCAAAAUUGCCACCAAGAGCUCAUUCCAUUUAUUAUAGAGAUGAGAUUGGAAAUAUUUCAACAUCUAAUGUCUGGGGUGAUCCUAAAAAGACAGAACUGUUGAUUGAACCUAGAUAUCCAUUGUUUGGAGGCUGGAGAACUACUUUUACCAUUGGAUAUGGUUUGCCACUUCAAGAUUUUUUAUUUGGGUCAGAGGGGAAACGUUUCCUUAACUUCUCUUUUGGUUCCCCAAUAAAUGAUUUGGUCACUGAUAAUAUCAUUGUGAAGGUUGUUUUGCCAGAGGGAUCUGAUGAUAUAUCUAUUUCUACUCCCUUUCCUGUAAAACAAGGACAAGAGACCAAAAUUUCCCACUUAGAUGUUGCAGGGAGACCAGUUGUUGUGCUGGAAAAGACCAAUGUUGUUCCUGAACAUAAUCAGUAUUUCCAGGUCUAUUAUAGGUUCAACAAACUUUCGAUGCUUAGGGAGCCAUUUAUGUUGAUUUCUGGAUUUUUCAUCCUUUUUGUUUCUUGCAUCGUAUACAUGCAUGUGGACUUGUCAAUCUCGAAGUCCUCUGCCUCUUAUUUGGCAAAACUGCAGUGGGAUGAGGUGCGAGCAACAAUUCAGCAAGUCAUAAGUAUUAUCAACCAGUGCCUAUCUAAGCAUGAAAGGUUAGAAGCAUCACUGCACGAUCUUUCUAGGACUGGGGAUGUCCAAGCUUGUAAAACUGCUCGAAAGACUGCUGACAGCUUGUUUAAAGAGUAUUCCAAAGAGUUGAAGCCGUUGCUUUCAUUCUUGCAAUCUUCUCCUCAGGCUACUCAGAUAUUGCCAAAGGUGGAGGAGCUGGUGGCGAAGGAGAAGGAAUUGCAAGAGAGGCUGAUAGCAAAGCAUUCAACCAUAGUGGACUGCUAUGAGAAGAAGAUUGGAGGAAGGGAACUUGAGAAUCGGGUUGCUUCACAUCAACUAAAAGUUGUAGCUUUGAAGCAGGAGGUUGAAGAUCUUCUUGACUACGUUGAAGAAAUAUAGUUUAGGUUUAGGGUCCCUAAGUUUCAGGGUCAGAAUUUGGUUAUUAUCUAAAUUAAAACUUGUUGAGCUAACUGCAAUUUUCCAUGGCAAUAGUUUGCCAAAUAUAACUACUACAUGAUAAUGAUACAUGGAACUUUGAGCUUACAAGAACUA